AUGUCUCCACUACUUGAAUAUCUGAUCAAUGCUGGCGAGAUCAGUGACAAAUGUCUCCACUGUCAUCAGCAGCUUGAGAGUUGUGAACUUUUUGCGGCUUGCGAGAUUCUGACAGCACUCGCAUAUCAGCAGAUUCAUGAUCUUGAUUACCAAGCCAAACUCUGGAAGCUUGCCAAAUAUAGCUUCUGCCGUCAAGUCUUAAGCUCUACCUCUGGCUCUAAAUCCGGUUCCGUUGGAUCUCAAGAAACAAGGACAGAGUCUCAGAAACGCAAAGCACGACGCACUUGCGCCCCCAGAGACCUUGUCGAACUCGCCCUAAAGGUCAAGCAAAUGGGGCGUGACACUGACGACUUCCAGAAGCGCAUCUCUGUGCUCAAACUAGAGCUUCAAACUGAACGUAAUCAACGCGAGCUGCUUCAGCACGAACAUGAAAGGCUCCAGUGCCAACACACGCAGAUGGUCGACAUUGCAGCAACGCAGUAUGCGGAGCUGUUCGCUGAUGGAACUGCAAGGAUUGCUAAGCUAGAGCACCGAGAAGCAGAAUUGAUCGCGGAUGGAACUGCAAGAAUUGCCAAACUCGAGCACCGCAACGCAUAUCUGAUCGCUGACGGAACCGCCCGAAUUGCUGAUCUCGAGAGCCGAAAUGCAUAUUUACUUGCUGACGGAACCUCAAGACUUGCCGAGCUCAUGCAAAAGAUUACCGGGCUCGAGGCGCAGAAUUCGUGCCUUCAGCAGCAGCUUCAGAGCGAAAGGGCAAUCGAUCACACCGAUAUAGCGAUGAUGGUUGGCACGAUCAAAGAGCUCAAUGCUGGACUGAGCCAAUGCUCUGGUGAGCUAUACAAGAUGCGGUUGACCCCGACUUCUCGUCACGUUGUCGAGACUCUUGAGCCAAUGUAA